GCGAGGCUGCUGAGUGGAAGCAAUGGAGCCGUGGGCUCUGGCGCUGCUUCUCCUCAGCGCGGCUCGCCCGGCGGCCUGCCAGGCCUCCCCGGCCUCGCCUCCCCGCUACUCGCCCGACUGGGCCAGCCUGGACGCCCGGCCGCUGCCCGGCUGGUUCGACGCGGCCAAGGUGGGCGUCUUCCUGCACUGGGGCGUCUUCGCCGUGCCGGCCUGGGGCUCGGAGUGGUUCUGGUGGCACUGGCGGGGCGAGCGCCGGCCCGACUACGAGCUCUUCGUCCGCGCGCGCUUCCCGCCGGGCAUCACCUACGCCGACUUCGCCCCCCGCUUCACCGCCCACGACUUCCAGCCCCACGCGUGGGCGCGACUCUUCCAGGAAGCCGGAGCCAGGUAUGUGGUGCUGACUGCAAAGCAUCAUGAAGGCUUCACAAACUGGGGCUCCCCUGUGUCCUGGAACUGGAACUCCGUGGAUACAGGGCCUCAUCGAGACUUGGUGGGAGAACUGGGGGAAGCCUUGAGGCACAGGAAUAUACACUAUGGACUGUACCAUUCCUUGUUUGAGUGGUUUCAUCCCCUCUAUUUAGUAGACAAAAAAAACGGUUUCAAGAGCCAACAUUUUGUCUUGGAGAAAACACUGCCAGAACUUUAUGAUCUCGUUAAAAGAUACAAGCCGGAUAUCAUUUGGUCCGAUGGUGAAUGGGAGGCUCCGGACACAUACUGGAAUUCUACCUCUUUCCUUGCCUGGCUUUACAAUGAAAGUCCAGUGAAGGAUACUGUGGUGGUGAACGAUCGGUGGGGCAUCAACUGCUCCUGUCACCAUGGAGGAUAUUAUAACUGUCAAGAUAAAUACAAGCCUGGUACUCUGCCAACCCACAAGUGGGAGAUGUGCAGCUCUAUUGACAGAAAGUCAUGGGGAUAUCGGAGUAACAUGAAAAUUGAUGAACUCAUGAGUACAUCCAGCAUAAUUGAGGAACUUGUGAACACUGUGAGCUAUGGAGGCAAUUACCUUCUCAACAUUGGCCCCACCAAAGAAGGAGGGAUUGCUCCAGUCUUCCAAGAGAGGCUGUUGGCCCUUGGAAAGUGGCUGAAUAUUAAUGGGGAGGCUAUUUAUGAAUCCAAGCCUUGGAGAGUGCAAAAGGAGAACGGCACCAACAAGACAUGGUACACUUCAAAAGAAGCUGCAGUUUACGCUAUCUUUUUUACCUGGCCACAAGACAGUGUGUUGCACCUUCCAUCGCCAGUCUUAACAGCAAGCUCACAAGUGACCAUGUUAGGAUUCUCUGAGACUUUGAAGUGGCAGGCAGCUCCGGGCGGAGGACUGCAGGUCACGCUGCCAUGCAUGGUGCCUUCCCUUCUCCCGCUGCAGUAUGCCUGGACUCUCAAGCUAGUUGGUGUGAAAUAAAGGAAAUCAUCUUUCUUUUCUCUCUUAAAUGUUAAAGCUGCUGUGAUUAGUGGCAUGAACAGAUUCAGAGUAGAGUGAUCGAAUUUUGGGAUCUGCAGUUAAAUGAAAUGAAACUCUUGCCAAAUUAGUAAUACCCAAAUAUUGCUUUUUAAUAGCAACGCACUAGAGAAUAGGAUUAUGUUGCAUAUCUCCAGGGCCUGAAAUGUUCUGGCAUAGAUAUGCUUAACUGGACGUGUGUGGAAUGAGAACCAUUCACAGUACCUUCUCAGGGAAAUAUCACUCAAAUUACUGUGAAGGAUGAAAUAGAAUUUUGAACAGCAGCUGUGCAGGAUUGUGGAGGAGCAGUUCACCGCCGCAGUUUUUUCAGCAGCCAACUGGGGGCCAAAUCUGCUUAGACAUUUCAGCUAGUUAAAAUUACAGUUUUCUUCUUUCCAGUUUAGAAGAAGCUUGCGUUAAAGCUUCAAGGCAGAAGCCUUGAGGUCAGAUUUUCAGACAUGCCAGGUUUGAUGAUGGAAUGACACACAAUCACUGGUAGAGAGCCAUUACUCCAUCUUAUUUGCGUAACCUCAGGGGAAACAAACUUUAUUCUUGGAAAGCAACAAAGCCAUGAUGUGAACAUUGUGUUGCCAAGUUUCUGGAAGUAUGUUAAAGUUGACUUUUUGGCCAAGGCGAAUUAGCAGCCAAACAGAGACUCUCUUGGAAUGAGAACCAAGGAGGUUUACUUUAACUAAUAAAUGGAAAGUUACAUACGAUAGAAUAAUUUUGUUCAGGCUCUGCUUAGGAUCAGUUCUCUGUUGUUUAUCUCGUGUGUACUUUUGUGCACCCUAACUUGGAAAGGAAGGAAGGCUCUCCGUGGAAGUUCUGUGAGGCUCAUGUUGCAGCAUUGCGGUCCUGGGCUCUUUAAGAGAGGCAUUUUCACCUCCAUUCUGAGUACCUUCAGAAGCAUGACUGUGCCAAAACGUCCAAAUCUUGUCUUUGAGCUCCUCUUCUCUAAUCUGCUGUUACGUAGCUAGUGCCUGUCCUUAUGACAUAGCUUCAUAAAAACACAUGCAAGACGAGGAAGAUUUAGGUUUUCUUGACCUCAUGCCAUGGGACAAUGACCUUGUGCUCUCAAAGCCUAAACUAAUCAAGUAAACAGGUAUAUGUAGCUGCUUUGCUUAAGGAUAUAUGGCAUCUGAAUGUAAAAAUGCUAGUGAGAGGUCCAAAAUAAUGCAGUGCAUGCCCCAUAUUUGUUCUUAAACUUGGGUCAGCCCAAAGAUUCCUCUUUGCCUAGCAUUUGGCUCCAUUUUACUGGUGCAAAUAGAGGUGUUUGCUUCACAUGCUGAUGUUGAAAGGAGGACAGAGCAGUCCUUUGCUUAUUGGGUGCCAUAGUCUUGCCUUCCUAGUCAGGGACGAGGGGGCCAGAGCCAUGCAGCUAACCUGGUUCAGUCCGGAGAUGACUGAGGGGUUGUGUUUUUAGUUGCUCUGCAGCUACAACAGCUGGAUUUCUCUGAACUAGAAGAGUUUAGUGCAGAGUCAGAAGGAAGGCCCAAGGGGUGCAGAAUUUAGACUGGUCUGUCCCUUAGUUUCGAUGGGUUGCCUCAUUGCAAAGGAAUGCUUGGCUCUGCAAGUAGGAAUGUAAUUUGGAUACUGAGAUGUGGAGGGAGGGGGUGUACACAUGCCCGCAGUAUAUUUAUAUUUUACAGCUAGGUUGAACUGUUCUGUUAGAGGAUGGCCCUUUGAUUGUGCCAUUGAUUGUGCCUUUCACAGUGUAUUAAUCAUGGGGCUUUCUCUGUUUUUCAUGUUACUUCAAAUGUAAUUUUUUUUAAAAUAAAAAAUAAAAA